AUGGAAGACCGCCGGCAGGCACAAAUCCGGAGAAAGCCGGUACCGAUCUCGCCCAUCUCACCUCCACCGCCGUACGAGUAUACGGAAUCACCAGUGAGCAUAUCAGCUGGUGGUCAAAGUGGAUAUGACUCCACCUCAUUUGACGGAUACAUCCAUGAACCGUCGGCACGGCCACAACAGUAUCUCACUGUCGAUGGUCACAGGCCACCACCACCAAUCCACUCGCUUCGCACCACGAAGUCAAGCCCCAAUCUGCAGCAGCCAACGAAGAAGGGCGAGGCUGCUCAGAAAGCAGGCAAAGCGGUAGCGACGGCCUUCGAAGAGGCACGCCACUUUGCUGGUGGCCUAGUGUCGCAUCCAUUCGAAUCUACAAAGUAUUACUCUAUUCUUCGACACUCGCACGGCCUGGUGUUCUACAGUGGAUCAUACACCAGUAUCGCCAUCACCGUCUUCGCUGACCGUGAUCUGCCGUCCGAUCGAUCGUUCUGGCUUCAACGGAAAGGCUGGUCAGGUAACACUGGUCUCAGGGCCGGUGUACUCUUCGGCACGCAUGGAGCUUGGGUCAACGUUACGCCUUCAGUGAUAGCGAUGGCGGAUCAAAUCAAGCAGACUGAUGAACGUGCCUGGCAGCGGGACAUUAGCAAGUUUAUCCGUAAAGCGCCCAAGAAACUCGGAAGUCACGUCCCACGCGAGACAGCAAUACUGCGUAUUCCAUGUGACGCUGAAGAUGGGUAUCUUCGCAUCGUCAUGUGCAGCGGUGAGAAUGGCAAGAAAACCCUAUGUCCGAGUCCAGUGUUCAGACUUGCAUCAACUUCAAUGGAGAGUAGCUCGAUGCGUGGUGCCUCGCUGAAAACCAUGCCUCUUGAGGCUGCCGUCAAGAUUGGCACCACUGUUGGCACACAAGUGGUCAAUCGAUUUGCAGGUCCAUAUAUCACCACCGCGAAGACUUUCGUUGCCGGUGCGACGGCAAGCGUAUAUCAGCCAAACGUAACCCAAACUCUAGCAAUACAGGAAGCAUACGACAAGAGCGGCCUUUCAGAUCGUCUGGAUACGAUGAAUGCGCAGUACGACCAGCGGAGGGGAGUGCAGGACCCUCUGCUAUCUACUGGCGGGUAUGAUAUUGCUGCUCCACCAAUUUUCGUUGGUGGCGAUGACGGACCAACACCUCCAUUUCCCCUCCGUUUCAAGGGAAAGGUCGUCCCUGGCCAAGGCUACUCCACUAGAUUACUGGGCCUUCCAUCCGCCAAUCUAUCGGGCGUGGACAGUGACAUCACGCUCAAGCACAGCGGCAUCUACUUUGGAUAUGCUGCAAUAGGAAUGAGCAGAAAGCUGCUAGAUGAGCGUGGCCUCGAUGAUGACUGGCACAAAGCCAUUAUUUCCAUCACUCCCCUACCUGGCUCGCAAGCCAACGUUGUCCAGAAGAAGAAAGUUGUAGUCAACAUACUUGAAGAUUUUGAAGAUGCCAAUUUCUAUGAUGCCAAGUUGUCGGUGAUGCUGAUGGGAUUCCUUCGACCUGCGCCACCAUUACAUUUAGUACAGCAAGGGCCAGCUGAAGUCCAGAUGAUGAACUUUCGACAGGACAUGGCAGUGACAGGGGCCAGUCUAUCUCGGCCUGCUUGGGCAGCGGACAUGACACUGGAGAGAGUGCGAACAGCAUCCUCCAGCCGGUCUCUGACAGAUCGCUACGUUGAUGUGCGCCAGGGUGUACAGAACACGGUGGACAAAGUCCCGGUGCAUUGGCUCGGCAUCAGGACUGAAGGCCAGGGCACGCGUGACAGGUUUGUUGGCAGUGGAGGAAUAUCAAUUCCUCGUUAA